ACGUCUUGUGCUCCAAAACCAUGACAACGAAACCGGUAAAUACGAUGAAAGGUGACUUGAUGGACAAGAAUUACAAUCUUGGACACUUUUUUAUGGACUACAUGACCAAGUUCCCUGAAGACUGUGUUUGGCAGAUCGACGCUGGUACAGGCAAGACAGAAUCGAAGUUGUCUGUAAAGAGCCGUUCGAUACGAUUGGCCAGAUGUCUCCGCAAUGCGGGACUGCGACCGGGCGACGUGGCCGUCGUGUGCGGCAGAAACCACCUGGACGUCCACAUUCCCUUCUAUGCUGCGUUUAUGAACGGUCUACCAUUGGCUGGAAUUGAUCCUAUUUACAGAUACGAUGAAAUCAAAUUUCAUUUUAAGACGACCAAACCAAGAAUAGUUUUCUGUGAAGUGGAAAAUUUCGGCGAUAUAAAGAGAGCCGUGAAGGAUCUCGGACUUGAUACGAAAAUGGUGACAUUUGGUGAAGGUGACCACUCUUUAGCAAAGUUCUUGGAGAUACACGAUGACCACGAGCCAGAACACACAUUCAAGUAA